AUAGAGACAGGGAGAGGGAAUCGGAGUCCAAAUUCAGAAAUUCCAAUUGCGUUGGUUUGUACUUUUGUGGCUAUUUUGUGUGAACCAACGAACCACUAUCGAAUCUACUCGCUAACAACUGAGUCAACCCAGCCAUGGCUGUGACAGGUAAUCUUGAUUGGGUCAGAAAUGACGACCCUUUCUUGAUGAGGUGGCUCCCCUUCCUCUCGAGAGAUCUCUGUCAUAUGUGCAAUCAAUUCCUCUCCGACCGCAUUCGUUCUCUCAACCCAAAAGUUGAUGGUGAAGCAGAAACUUUGCGUUCAGAUGAGGAAUCAGAAGAGACGGGGAGAGAAAGGGGGAAGAAGAAGUUGCAGGUUCCUACUGAUGUGUAGAGUUUGGCCUUACUACAAUAGGUGAUAAAGCUAACACUAGAGCAGUUACAUUUAUUGCCUGCUGAACAACGACACUAGAUGAUUCGACUCUAGCAAGCGCUUUGUUGAGAGCAGAUGCAUCCAUUAUAGCAUGUAGGGUGGCAUGUUAUGCUUGUCAUGCAAAGCAGCUUUUGCUGUCGGGAGCAGCUCCAGUGUAUGCAAGAAGAUGGUUCAGCAAUUGAUUCAAUUCUUAUUUCUAAUGGCUUGUAAAAUUAUAUUUUCGCAGGUGAUCCUCGCUUGGAUCUAAAA